CCACAACAUCACCAACUGACGUCGAACCUAUAGAGGCCAACGUCCCACAAACAGAGCUGGACAUGUCUGCCUUACUCACCAUGCCACAUAGAGAGACUGACAUGUCUGACAUCCUAGAGGCCGACACUUCUCGGAUUGUUACGACCACAGAAGGAGUUACACUAGAAUCUCGAAGAACUAGUCAUAAGAGGAAAGUUAUUGAUAAAUAUACACCUCCAGCUCAAGUAAAGAAGAAAAGUGUGGUUAAGCAUCCUCUCCCAGGUGUAGCUAUGUCACUAUCCAGAUUGAUUGUCGCAUACAACGUAGCACAUGAUGUUCCACACAAUAUCGUUACAGAAAUGAUGAGCUGGAUCUCAUACGAGAAUACCGACAAUGAGACCAAUUUUAUACCCGGCCUGACAUGUGCAUGCACAAGUUCACCAUCUUGUCAAUUGGUGUAACGAGUCACCUUAAUGCUCGUGGCGGGGUAUUUAAAUGAAUAAAGAAUAAGACACUUCUAGAGGCUGCCCUAGCAUGGGAGGAUGAAGACAUGUACAAGGACUACGUCAUCGGUAAAUUCGAUGUCAAAUGGGCAGAUGUGAAUUUUGUUUAUACGACAAUGAAUAUCAGUGAGCACUGGAUGGUCCUUGCAAUGGACAUUAACAGAGGCCACAUAUUCAUGUUCGAUUCACUUCCGUCAUAUACACCAAUGACAAAGUUGGUGAAUUGGCUAGAGUCAUUGACUGUCACAGUACCAUCCCUAUUUCACUACUGUGACGUGGAUCGUUCAAAGUCGGACCUAUCCAUAACUCGUUGGAAAAUCUCCAACCUAUGAACAUCAACAUACAACACGGGUUGCUUGAUUGUGGCAUCUUUGUAAUAAAAUUACUAGAACACCUGGUGACUAGUGCUGAUCCAUCCGUAAUCACUCAGGAGAAGAUGAGUGAAUAUAGGAUGCAGUUAACAUGUCAA